AUGGUUGGUUUCGCACACGACCUCCUGCACGGUACCGCCAGUCUGCAGGGAUAUGAACAAAACAGCCUUGAGACAAGCCAGCUGACAAGUCCCGUAGUACUUUCUUUAUCUUCGGCAGGAAUGAGACUCUUGUCAAUUCCAGCAGCACCACCAGUAACUGCAACCCCACCCCCGGGGCCCUCCAUGGGGCCCCCAGGGUCACCAGCACGACUACAGGCCGCACUUGCAACAGCAACAGCCACCUCCUAUGGAGCAGCUACAGCUGCAUUCUUCCAGCUGUACACCAUGCAGGGUUCGACCACUGUGCCAUCUUUUAGCAUACAUACUUUGGCAAGGGAGCGGGGACCAGCCCUCAGGGGGUCUCCCCAAGCCGCUUCUGCGGAGGAUUCUGACGCCCUCCGGGUACUGCUGUACAAUGGCACUGCCUACACUAACAUCCCCGUGAGGAGGUGUCAGCUGUUAUCAGCUCUCCCUGAGUCAAACUACGCGGCCAUCCGAACCGUGAGAAGGGGAACGCGACUGAUUGGCGCGAACACGAAUAUCGAUAGGCUUCUGCUCUCUGCAGCUGUUCAAGGAGAGCACUCUGGUUUGUCCGCGGGCGGUUCCACAGCCGAAGAAUCUGUCUUGAAAGCUGCUUCUCCCACUUCCGCGAUAGAGGAAGGGAGGCGAGGACCAUCCGCUGAGGAGUGUCAGAAGUUCAGGAUCCGGGUGUGGCAGGACCUGCGGAAAUUGCUGCGCCUUUGUUAUUGGAGUGCAGCAGCAGCGCCAACGAAAGAAUUAUCAACAGCUGAAGCAGAACGAGCAAUAGCAGCAACAGCUGAAGCAGAACCAGCAACAGCAGCGGCAGCAGCCACAAGUGCGCUGAUGCUGCCUGAAGGUAUCGAGGCUUCCAUAACGCUGGUGCUUACCCGACUGGUCUUGCCAGAUUUACUAGGAGCCCUCGGGUUACCGCCGAAUCCAGUGGAAAACACCUCUGCUAGCGCAGCAACAACGGCAGUACUGGAUCCGUUGGAUGUGACAGCACGAUCACCAGACUACUUGCCGCAGCUAACCUCAACAGACAUGAACUGCAGCAGCCUCAACCUCGUGCUGCUCGCAGAACCGCUUAUCCCUUCCCCUGCAAUAUUUCAUUGCCUGCAGGAGCAGGAGGAGGAGGAGGAGGAGCUGCGCGACUCACUGGGUGCACUUGAACACGGGUUGGGGAGGCUACGGAGGAACCACCAAGCGGACAGCAGCAACUUGAGGCACAGCAACAGCCUUCGUUGGUGCAACGCCCUCUUAUUGCCGCACAGGGGACGCGAGAACCCCGAGGUAAAGUCGACUGUGUGGGCCUUAGAGAGGCAGGAGCUGUUACGGGAGGCGCAAGACAUUGGAGCUGCCCUGAGCAUGCCACUAGAGGAGGUCAUAUUGGAGAGGCAGAAUUCGCUGCUUGAAGGAUGCAGUAGCAACUUCUUGGUGUUCUCGGACUCUCGAAAAUGCGUAUUGACUGCUCCGGAAUCUGCAUGUCUACCAGGGUGUGUGAGGGGCCUUGCCAUAAAGGCGCUUUCAGCUAGAGGCAUAAAGACAGUCUAUGAAGCGCCUAGGUGGGAAGAGAGGGAAACAAGCAGCUGGAAGGCUGCGUGGAUCUCCUCCUCAAGCAGGCUGCUACUUCCGGUCCGCUCCUUGAUAAAGGUCAAGCACCCGCAUCUGCGCAGCCAGAAGGCAAGCGAACAACAGCAAAAGGAGAAACAGCAGGCGCUGCCACAACAACAACAGCAGCAGCCCCCAAAACAGCCAGCAAUGUGGGUGGCUGUCCCAUCCCUUGCUGCUACCAACUCGCCGGCUUAUUCGCAGAGUCUGGUCGAAGAUUGCUCGCAAGGACAGCACAUACUGCAGCCACUGUGCGAUGAGCAGCAAUUACCAAAACUACCUGCCUCGGAAUAUGAGGAGGCACUAUUUGAUGUUGGGCCUGAUUCACUAGCGGCUAGGGUAGCGCGGUGGACUGCGGAGUUGGCAGAACAAGAAGCAGAAGCGGUUUUCCCCUGA